AGCAAAGAAAUUCUAAAAACCACCUGCUAUUUCUCGUUGCGGUCGACGUAGAUCUACAAAUGAGCUGCGCGAUCGCAUUUAUGGUCUUCCGUCCGCUCCAGGAAGUGUAUUGAUCUACAUUAUGCGUCUACCUCCGGUCUAGUUCGCCCACCUUCCUGUGAACCCGCUGACACAUGUGGCUAUAUGCACGUCUACAUGUUUUCAUACUUGUAAUAGUUGUAAAAAGUUCAUUUUUCGAAGUUAGUGCUCUCUGUGAAAGGUAAAAGAAGCAGUGUUGUUGAUCCGCAGCCGGGUCAUGAGUUUUGCAGAGUAUUCGGAGGAGAUUCGCGACGGCGACGUGGCCAUUGUGUACCUGGGCCACGAGUCCAUGAUGCCGGUGAAGGUGCGGCACGGGGGCCAAACACAGACACGCUACGGCGCCAUUCGCCACUCGGCCGAUCUGAUCGGCAAGCGCUACGGCGCCAAAGUGACUUGCAGCAAAGGGGGCUGGGUGCACGUGCUGCACCCCACACCCGAGCUGUGGACCGUCACGCUGCCACACCGCACGCAGAUCCUCUACACCACCGACAUCGCCACCAUCACGCUCAUGCUGGAGCUCAAGCCGGGCUCCGUCGUCUGCGAGUCCGGUACGGGCAGCGGGUCGUUGUCUCACGCCAUUUUGCGCAGCAUCGCACCAACGGGCCACCUUCACACGGUGGAGUUCCACCAACAGCGGGCCCAAAAGGCAGAGGAGGAGUUCGCCGAGCACCGCGUGGACCACCUGGUCACCGUCACCUGCGCCGACGUCUGCAAGGACGGCUUCGGGGUGGCGGGCGUGGCUGACGCCAUCUUUCUGGACAUCCCCAGCCCCUGGGAGGCCGUGCCACACGCCAAGACCGCCCUCAAAGCGCAUGGAGGUCGCGUGUGCUCGUUCUCUCCAUGUAUGGAGCAAGUCCAGAGGACAUGCCAGGCUUUGUUGGCUCACAACUUUGAGGAGGUGGAAACCUUGGAGGUGGUGCUGAGGGUUCACGAGGUCCGCACCGUCUCCAUGCCGCUUCCCGACUUCGGGCUCGACGCCCCGGCCACCCCUCAGGCCCCGCCCCUUCCCGCCUCCAAUCACUCCGCCGUCUCCUUGAAGACGACCACGCCGCCCCGUGAGAUGCCCGCCCACACCGGGUACCUUACCUUUGCCACCAAACCCAGAACAUAGUCAAGUUUGCUGUUCAAUAACAUUUUUUUUUUUUUAAGUAAUACUUGAUUGCUUGCAUCAAGCUGACAUUACAACUUGUCUUUUUUUUUUUUUAUACGUUUGUUGAAAUUACUUCAGAAAACAAACAUUGAGCAAAAAGGUUCUUGUUUUUAUUCAUUUAUUGUGAUAAAUAUAUAUGUGUAUAAAACAGCACACGUUAGGUGAAAGUUCAAAUGUUUUUUUUUUAAUUCAAAAUGUAAAUUAAAAAAAUACAGUUAAAAAAUUUUUCAUUUUAUUGUUUUUCACUCAGUUGAAUGUUGAAAGACUUUCUUUUAUACAAAUAUAAAAAACACCAAGUAAAGAGGUGACGACAUGUCUUCUCCCUCUUUGGAA